UUUAACCUCCAUUCGCACCCCUUUGUAAUCCCAAAAAACUUGCAAUCGUCCGCCCCGCUGUUUUGGUCAUUCAUGUCGAUUUAAGGGCCGACGGUACCGGUUGGUUUGGAGCGGAAACGGGGGUGGCCGUUUUUUUGUUAACGGCAACCUGAGAACAGUUUUUGGUGUGACCAAAAGAAAUAUCCUUAGGGGAUACUCUCUACUCUGUGGACCUAACCAAACUUAGUGGCGCAUUCCAAUUUAUUUAAAUAAAGCAGGAAUUGAACAAAUAAACUGUUUUAUAAUGGGAAAAACAAAGAAAAUGAAGCCCUCGCAAGUUGCAAACAAAAGUUCUUUAGAAGAGGAUAUUUAUAAUACAAAAUUUGCGACAUCAAAAAACCGGAACAAAAUUCGACUACGUCAGGACGAAGAAGGACAGUAUGUAGAUUCAGGCUUAACUCGGAAAAUUUUAACAGCCGCCCGUCAGCAACAAAAAGAAUUACAAGAAUCCGAUUGCGAGGUUGGUAAUAGCAGGAAGAAGAUUUUAAGUUUGGAAGAUGGAAAUGAGUCUGGAUCAGAGGUGGAGGAAGAUGAUUUGGAACCAGACACAUACUAUGAGAACAUCGAGAUAAACGAGGAAGAUGAGAAAGCGAUGGAAAUGUUUAUGAGUAAUAAUCCACAGCCAAGAAGAACUUUGACCGAUAUAAUAAUGGAAAAGAUUACUGAAAAGCAGACAGAAUUGGAAACACAUUUUAGUGACGCCGGAUCUAUGCAAUUAAAAGAUUUAGACCCCAGAGUUAAGACAAUGUUUGAGGGGGUUAGGGAUGUACUACGGAAGUAUAGAAGUGGAAAGUUGCCAAAGGCUUUUAAGAUAAUACCCAGUUUAAAAAAUUGGGAGCAGAUACUCUAUAUAACAGACCCACCGACGUGGUCAGCAGCAGCAAUGUACCAGGCCACAAGAAUCUUUGCAUCAAAUCUAAAGGAAAAAAUGGCUCAAAGGUUUUACAAUCUGGUACUGCUUCCAAGGAUCAGAGACGAUUUGGCCGAAUAUAAACGAUUAAAUUUUCACCUUUACCAAGCUUUAAGAAAAGCACUCUUCAAGCCUGGGGCCUUUAUGAAAGGUAUACUAUUACCUUUAUUAGAAAGUGGAAAUUGCACAUUACGAGAAGCAAUCAUAAUUGGCUCAGCGGUUGCCAGAAACUCUAUACCAAUUCUGCAUUCCUCAGCCGCAUUACUUAAAAUAGCUGAAAUGGAAUAUACGGGGGCCAACUCAAUUUUUUUGAGGAUAUUUUUGGACAAAAAAUAUGCCUUGCCAUUUAGAGUUGUUGAUGCUUUAGUGUUUCACUUUCUGAGGUUUGAGCGGGAUCAGCGACAGCUUCCGGUGUUAUGGCACCAGGCAUUUCUAACCUUUGCUCAAAGGUAUAAAGCAGACAUCUCUUCUGAGCAACGUGAUUGUCUGCUCGAAUUACUCAAAAAACAGAAACACCAUACAAUAACCCACGAGAUUAGGCGAGAACUGCAAAACGCAAAGUGUCGCGAUGCUGAAGACGCGGAACCCAAAAUGGAUAUGGAUUAAAAGUCUGGAAUAUUUGGAGUGUAUAUAUUUUAAGAUACAUUUAUCACAAACACGGCUACAUAAUAUACAAUAAAAAAUGUAAAAAAAUGCAAAGUUAAUUAUUUAUAAACAAAAAGUUAAGGAAAACAAAAAAAUGAGAUUCUGAUUUGAAAAACACUAUGGAAUAUCAAGCAUUGUCACAUAAAAAUCGCAGGGUCAUCAUUUUGUUUUCGAAAUUUUAUAAUUAAACUGUAGGGGUAUACAUACUUUGGAUAACAAAAACUAUAUUUUAAAUAUUUUGUCAUCUUACCAUUUUAUUAAACUUGCGCCGCAGGUGAUGUGAUAUGUGGGCUUUUUCUGGCUGCGGAAACAGAAUUUUAAAGAGCUUAGCUUAGGUCGAAAGUACUCUCUCUUUAAAUUCUGUUCUAUUAUUUAUAACCCACCAGUGAAUAUUUAUUGACAAUUUGAGACUGGCAGUUUUAAAGAAAAAAAAUAAGCUAAAUGUAAAUUGUAUAAAAAAAUAAAUUGCAAAUAACCACAACAAAGAUGGGGGAUUAUUUAGACAUUUCUUUAAAAAUCAAAUGGAACCAACUGUGCCUAAUAAUAAUUAACACAAAAUGGUUUAUCAAGGCAUCUAAAGAAAUAUACUAAAUUUGAGUCUUUUCCAUCCUUGGAAAUCCCUUUUCAAUUUAAUUUAAGACAAAUCUGGCACAGGAGCAAGAUGAACAGUUUAUUUUUGUUACUACCCUGAGCGAAUAUGCAAUUUAAAAUAUCUUUCUAUUUAUUUUUUCGCGAAAAUAAGAUAUUUGCAUUCCGUGUAUCAAAUCGGAGUAUAAAACAUUACAUUUACCUGGAGUCAAUAGAUAAAUCCAACUUAAAAACUUUUUACAGCCAAAUUCAGUGGCAAAAUGUUGGCUCCCCUAAUAAUUUUUUAAAAUUAAGUACAAUUAAUUCCGUCAAUAAUGAAGUUUUUACAACAAAAACAUAAAUUAACCUAAAACACUGGCCCAAACUUUUAAAUUUGAAUGUCACGAAUGUCAACUUUUGCAACAAGAACUUCUCACGCUUUUAUUACUAGUCUACAUUUGGAACGCAAUACUGAACAAACAAUAACUGGAAAAACUGUCUUAUAAAGGCUCUAAAAUUGACCUAAAUCGAUGCA